GCGGCAGCGGCGCCCACCCCCCGCCCCUCUCCUCCCCGGCGGCGGCGCUUGGCAGCCUCGCUGUGUACGUGGGAGCGGGAGGCCGGGCGCCGCGGCGGGCAUGGGCGGCGGCGGGGCGUGAGGGGCCGCCAAGAUGUGGCUGAAGCCCGAGGAGGUGCUGCUGAAAAACGCCCUCAAGCUGUGGGUGCUGGAGCGCUCCAACCAGUACUUCGUGCUGCAGAGGCGGCGGGGCUACGGCGAGGAGGGCGGCGGCGGGCUUGCAGGUCUUCUCGUGGGAACCCUAGAUGCGGUGUUGGAUUCUACAUCAAAAGUGGCCCCAUUUCGUAUCCUGCAUCAGACACCAGAUUCUCAAGUUUACUGGUCCAUUGCAUGUGGAGCCAGCAGAGAAGAAAUAACAGAACACUGGGACUGGUUAGAACACAAUGUUAUGAAGACUUUAUCUGUAUUUGAUUCAAAUGAAGAUAUCACGAGCUUUGUCCAGGGAAAGAUAAGAGGUUUGAUUGCUGAAGAGGGAAAAGGUUCCUUUGUAAAAGAAGAAGAUCCUGAGAAGUUUCGUGAGGGUCUUAUGAAAUUUGAAAAGUGUUUUGGAUUACCUGAGCAAGAGAAGUUGGUUACCUAUUACUCAUGCAGUUACUGGAGGGGCAGAGUGCCUUGUCAAGGAUGGCUUUAUCUUAGUACCAACUUUCUUAGCUUUUACUCAUUUUUGUUGGGAGCAGAAAUAAAACUCAUUAUCUCCUGGGAUGAAAUAUCAAAACUUGAGAAGACUUCCAAUGUGAUACUGACAGAGAGCAUUCGUGUGUGUUCCCGUGGGGAAGAUCACUACUUUUCCAUGUUCUUGCACAUUAAUGAAACGUUCCUUCUCAUGGAGCAGCUGGCAAACUAUGCUGUUAGGAGGCUUUUUGACAAAGAGACAUUUGAAAAUGACCUAGUCCUUCAUGACCCUCUGCAGAUCACCAAGAGAGGCCUGGAGAGCCGUGCCCACAGUGAGCAGUUUAGUGCAUUCUUCAGGCUACCCAAAGAAGAGACUUUGAAGGAAGUUCAUGAGUGCUUCUUAUGGGUUCCUUUCAGUCAUUUCAACACUCAUGGGAAAAUGUGCAUUUCAGAAAACUACAUCUGCUUUGCCAGCCAGGAUGGCAGUUUGUGCAGUGUUAUCAUUCCAUUAAGAGAGGUUGUAGGAGUGGAUAAGGCAGAUCCAGCCAAUAGGGGAGUCAGCAUUAGUACCAAAGGAAAAACAGCUUUUCGUUUCACUGAGGUUAGAGAUUUUGAACAGCUUGUGGCAAAGCUCAGGAUCAAAUGUGGUGCAACUUCAAGUCCACAACGCAUCGUAAAUACAGAGGUUGCAGCUAGUUCUGACUCUGACAGUCCAAUGGAUUUUGAUGAGGGACGGUCAAAGAUUGGUCAGAGGGAUAACAGCAAAACUGUUGGUACAGAAGCCCUGAUGACAGUCUACCAUCCUCAGGAUGCUGAGAAUUUAGACUCUAAAAUGUUGAAAGAAAAAAUGAAAGAACAGUCCUGGAACAUCCUCUUUGUUGAACGUGGACAUGGUGUCAGUAUGUUUCGGACAAAGAAGACUCGAGACCUAGUUGUAAGAGGGAUUCCAGAGACUUUAAGAGGAGAGCUCUGGCUGCUCUUCUCAGGUGCUGUAAAUGAUAUGGCAUCCAGCCCUGGUUAUUACACUGAGUUGGUGGAGAAGUCCUUAGGAACAUGCACUUUAGCUACUGAUGAAAUUGAACGAGAUUUGCGUCGUUCCUUACCUGAGCAUCCUGCUUUUCAAAGUGACACAGGAAUUUCUGCACUCAGGAGAGUCCUUACAGCUUACGCAUACAGGAAUCCCCAGAUUGGAUAUUGUCAGGCAAUGAAUAUUUUGACAUCAGUACUUCUGCUGUAUGCUAAAGAGGAGGAAGCAUUCUGGCUGUUGGUUGCUGUCUGUGAAAGAAUGCUACCUGAUUAUUUCAAUCGCCGAAUUAUUGGUGCCUUGGUAGAUCAGGCAGUGUUUGAGGAGCUCCUCAGGGUUCAUCUGCCUCAGUUGACAGAUCACAUGACGGACAUGACUUUUUUCUCCUCGGUCUCUCUCUCCUGGUUCCUUACCCUUUUUAUCAGUGUGCUGCCUAUUGAAAGUGCAGUCAAUGUGGUGGACUGUUUCUUCUAUGAUGGAAUAAAGGCAAUCUUGCAGCUGGGCCUCACAGUGCUGGACUACAAUGCUGAAAAGUUGCUGACUUGUAAGGAUGAUGCAGAAGCAGUGACUGUUCUCAACAGGUUUUUUGACAGUGUCACCAACAAAGACAGUCCCUUGCCUCCAACUGUGCAGCAGGGCUCCAACCUCAGCAAUACAAAGAGUGACCACCCAAAAGUGGACAUUACUGAUUUGAUCCGAGAGUCAAAUGAAAGAUACGGCGAUAUUCGAUACGAGGAUGUUGAGAGCAUGCGCUGCAGAAACAGGCUUUAUGUUAUCCAGACGCUAGAAGCUACAACCAAGCAGAAUGUGCUACGUGUUGUGUCCCAGGAUGUAAAAUUCAGUCCCAGUGACCUUGAAGAGCUUUAUGAAUUAUUCAAGAAGGAGCACUUUCUUUCCUGUUACUGGAAUGUAAAUAGUCCUGUCUUGCGACACCAUGAUGCCAGUCUGCCAUAUCUUGACCAGUAUCGGAUUGAUUGCCAGCAGUUCAGGGUUCUCUGUCAUCUCUUGAGCCCAUGGUCGCAUUGUGCAAACAGAGACUCGCUUGCACUGUGGACAUUCAGACUUAUGGACGAGAACUCUGAUUGCCUUAUAAACUUCAAACAAUUUGUCUGUGUUCUUGAUAUCAUGUAUAAUGGAAGUUUCACUGAGAAACUCAAGCUGCUUUUUAAGUUACAUAUCCCUCCAGCUUUUACUGAAGUAGAAUCUCUAAGCCCUUCCAAAGGUGAUGAUCUUUCAAAAGAAGAACUGAUCCACUUCAGCCAGCUCAGUGUUUCAUCUACUGCGGAUAGUCUUGAAAGUGAUGCUUUGAGGAGAAGCCCAGAAAAAGUAGGGAAGGGGAAGGUUGAUAUUCAGGCAUAUCUGAAGCAGUGGCAAGAUGAACUUCUUAAAAAAGAAGAAAAUAUUAAGGAUCUGCCAAGGAUGAAUCAGUCACAAUUCAUCCAGUUCUCAAAAACCCUGUACAAUCUAUUCCACGGGGACCCCGAGGAGGAGCUGUUAUAUCGGGCUAUAGCAGUGGUUACCAGCCUCCUAUUGAAAAUGGAAGAAGUUGGCAGAAGACUGCAGAGUCCAGUGUCACCAGUCAAAAGUCCAGCUGCCAUUAUGGAGUUGUCUGCUGAAGUCCCAAACAAAGGGCAGGAGGAAAGCAGCUCUGAGCAGGCCGAAGGCAGUAGAGCACAGCGUUCAAGAGGGGACCAUGAGUGGUCUUUUGCCUUUGAACAGAUUCUGGCAUCCUUAUUAAAUGAGCCAGCCUUUGUGAGAUUUUUUGAGAAACCGCAUGAGAUAAAAGCUAAAAUAGAGAGUGCUAAAAUGUUGCAACUAAAAGCAAGAACCAGAGUAUAAUUUUCUUCACCUUUGCACUAACAACAUAAAGCACUUACAAAUGAAGGUUUCUACUACGGGAAUUGAGUGUGGAGUUUACAUAGGGAAUGGGAUUUGAAGAGUUAGCUUUAAAUAUGAGAUACCGGUAUGCUUUUAUGUAAAUAAAAAUAGUUUCAAGCACAAUCACUUUCUUGCAUUGUUCAUAAGUUUCAGUCCAAAAAGGACUGAAGAAUAAACUGUUUUUACCAUGUUACUAAAAUAUGCAGCAUUACUAGGAAAUAAUAGGUGUGAUCUGUGAAUGGCACUAUGACAAACCUUUCUGAAUGACAGCUGUUACACUGUAUGCUCUCCAGGUUCAUUUCUAUUACUGCGAUGAAUGUAAUGACUUCUAGCCAUUUUCACUUAGAAUGAAUAGUGACAGCUAAGAAGUUGAUUUCCAGGUUAGUUUAGUUAUUUCUAAACCCACAUGUGGACUGGGGUCAAAGCAGAGUGAAGACUGAAAAUAAAGGCUUUGAAAUGGUAGCUAUGUUGGCCACAAGAGCAUGUGGUUAGAGAAGAAAGUUGCUGGGCUCUCUAUUCCCUUGCUCCGGUGUUACUGAUGGAUGUGGGCUGUUGCAGAUUCCAGCAGUCUUUCCUUACUGGCAGUUCGUGGACUGCAUCCUCCCAGCCCACGUCUCAUUUUUUUUGCAGUGUGGCCCUUAGCUAGUGCCCUUACAGCUAGUUUCCUACUUUUCUAGCUAGGUGUGAGUUACUCUUUCCCAUUUACAUACCCAUCCUCUUAAAACACAGGUGAAAAGGGUGCAAGUCACGUGGUCAUCCAGACUGCAUGUGUAUGCAAAGGCUGGUGUAGAUGGUUGAAAUCAAGGGAAAGCAGUGGCUAAAUCUUUCUCACUGUCUCACUGUGAUUGUUAUACAUCUUGCAAGAGGAGCCAUUGUUGGCUCCUUGGGAGCAUAUUGAUAAAAUGUAUGGUUUUGCUAGUGUUUGCAUAACAGAAUAGUCUUUAGCUGCUUCCUAAUUAGCUGAACACUGACUAUGAAGCCGCUAUGGACAGAUUGCGGUUGCUCCUUUGUCUACUCUGAGUCCACACCUCAAUCUUGUAAUUACUCCUUGUUUUCUAUAGCUCUCUGGCUCAUUGCUGCUGUUAUAUUUUGUAUCUGCCAGGAUUAAUGGCAAUGAGAAGAUCUGGAAUCUGAAUUGGGAUUUUUAGUAUAUACAAAAUAAUGUGGCAAACAAGCUGUGGAGGCAAGCUCGGGCAGUGUUAACGCUGGUAAAGGUUGACCUUGAGCCUUAGGUAGCUUGUGCUAGAAUGGGUUUUUAGAGAAAGAGGGAAGCGCUUGUAUUUUUACAAAAGAAAAAGAAAAAGAAAAAAGUAAACUGGCAUCUCUGCUGACUUUAAAAUGGGUUAAAAAUGGAUAUUUCUAAAGGCUGUAUGACAAUCUUUCUCUGCAAAACAGCAUUAUUUUUAUAAGGCUUUUUUUUUUUUUUAUUAAGUGGAAGUGGAAUGGGAUUACUCAGUUUUGGAUGCCUUUUUUGUAAUACUAAAAUGAAUGAGGACUGUAAUGAAAAUCCCACUUGUGUUACAAGCAGUUGUUGAAAUGCCAUCAUUGCAAUGGGCAUUAAAGUUCCAAUGCUGCUUCUAAAGAAGAAUUUUGAUCAAGAGCAACGAAUGUAUGAAUUAUUUUCCAUCCUCCUGCCCCGUGCUCUCAGGAAUUAAUGUAAAACAAAGUUUUAUUGAACAAAGAGUAAUUUCAAAAACUGUGCCCUAUAUUUGAGAAAUGAGGCAGCUUUCUUCAGAAGCCUUCGUAAAGUAAUCACACUUGAUGCAACAUAAGUCUGCUUUGUAUAUUUAUGCAUAAAAUAUACAAACUAAAUUAUCCAUUCAUAGGUAUGUUUCUGAGGCAAAGUGGGGCAUUACUGUGGUAGAUUAUGAGAAUAGUGAGUAAAUACAGUUACAAUAUUGUUUAAAAAAUACAAAGCAGAUAAUACUGAUGUUCUAGUCCAGGACUUAAUCAGAUAAAGUUUGCUCAGUGAGUAAUUCUUAUGCAAAGCAAUCAUGUUGAAAUUAAUGUAGUCCCUUGAAAAUAGAGUACAUCUUGAAAUUAACAAUAUCCACAAUGAUCCUACAAAAGCUUUUUGUAUGAGUAGCUGCAUCUAAGAAAUGUAGUAUUUGCUAAGCAAUGCAUCAUAGACACAUGAAAUUCAUAAAACUCGAUGACUUUUUUUUUGGUGGAGAACCAAGAUGUUUGGAAAAACAUAGUUAUAUGCAGGUUAAAAUGUAAAUACAACAGCUGUACUGAAGGAACCUGCAAAAUACAAUAGCCGUGUGAUAUUACAUAGUUUAGUUAUGCAAAACUGAGUACCUUUUUAAAACAUCAGCUUUCAUUAAUGUCAGUCCAAGAGACUGUAGAACCUUUACCAAUUAUAUAGUAGUUCUUGUCCAUAAUGCAGUUAUGUCUGUUUGUAAACAGAGAAUUACCAGCAUAUAUAUACUUUUUUAAAAAUACAAUUAAGGUGAAAAGCUUGAAUGUUUAGGGGAACACUAAUGUUUAUUAGCUGCAUGGAUUUUCUAUUCAACUUCUUUGUAUCUUUUGCCCCCAAAAUGUAAUAUGUAUUUAAAUCCUUCCUGUAAUAUGACUGCAGGUUGAUCCACCAAGAUUAGUCAGAGCAGCCACGUGUCCGGCCCCAGCAGGGCAGAGGUUGGAGGAAGGUUGCUUUCAGCAGGCCGGCAGGACUUGAGCGACUGCCUAAAUGGCAAGUUCUUGCUUCUUCGAGCCCAUGGAUCAUGGUUUGAUCCCCUGGGGAGAUCUUGAUGUAGUAAAUCCUGGCUGGAGCCAAGGACUGUGACCCACAGGUGUGUUUGUUGGGUUGCUGCUCUGGUUUGUCAUAAUGUUCUGAAGUUGAGGGACACUCUUACUUUGCAUGGGGCAGAAUAACUCCAGAACUACUGUCUAGCUCACUUUCCUACGCUUCCUAUGAUGCAGAUAGCCUGGCUAACAAAUACAUGCAGGCUCAGUUGGGAAGGAGGAGGCUAAAGCAAUAGAAGCUCUUUCCUUGUCUUCAGUCCAAAAGGAGAAUACUUUGACUUUGUCACUUUUUUUUUCAAGCCCUGCAGGGUCAGGGGCAGAGAGCUCCAUGCCUUAUGGCUAUCUGAAGUUCUCGGUGAUGCAGAGAUGAACCCAGAUUCACAUCCUAUUGCAUGAGGACGCUGGGUAAGCACACGUCUGUUGCAGGAGGUCAGCUACCGCAUGUAGCUUGGAAUUAAGCAGAAGUGCCAGCCAGGGUUCGGGCAGCUGCAGGAUGUCUGACCCAGAGUUACUCAGCUCCUUCCUAAGGAGGGACUUUCCGCUGAAAUUGUAACUUGAAGAUUUUAGAAGUGUUUUGGGAAUUUGGGAAGGCUCAUUCUCCAAUAGAAAGCAGUGUGGUUAAGUGAGUAUUGAUGUAUCAUUCCACACACCUAUCUAUGUUACUUCUUUCUGUAACAAGAAAACAUGCUGGUUUGAAGUGCAGGAGGGCACGCUGAAUGGUGUGAGGAAGUUGGGGGGAAUCUUGAUGGAAAAGAGUUCUGCAAACCAAAAAGUAGGGGACAAAGUUUUCAUAAAGUUAUCUGGCUUUUUGCGGGGAGUUCAGUCAUAGGAGAUAAAUAAAUGUGUAUCAUCAGUACAAAACUGACAGUUACAGCUAGGAUACAGAUUGCUGACACUAGUGAUGCUGUUUAUACAGGUUGUAAAUUGAACUACCUGCUGCAGUGUUGCCAGUGUGACUGGGUGGCUAUGCCAUGGCUAUUUGGUCCUGAAACAUUCUCAGUGGCUGUUGGUGUAAACUACACAGUCCUUUCUUGUGGCUGGGCCAUUAUUAUUGUUGCUAUGCACAUAAAAUGCAUUUUUUCAACCCAGUCAUUAGCCCAUGGGAAUGGCCAGCAGAGCUGUGGUGUUUCCCUCAUGCUUGCAAUCCAGAAAGUGCUGCUCAAAGGGACUGUCACUGUUCCCCGAGCCCUGCUGGACGGUGGCAGCACUGACCGCCAUCAGGAGCUGGCUGCUGACUCCCAUUGUCUGUCCCGCUCAGUGGUGUCUCUACAGAGUCACGCCAAAGGGCUUGAACACACAAUGUGAGCGAAUAGCUCAACUAAUAAUAGUGAAAGUACAAGCCCUUUCCACCAUGGAGAGAGCACUGUUCAUGGUUCAAUCAAUCAGAAGCAUUUCCUGGGCCUUAGAAAUGAUCUCUGACGUUUGGUUCAGCAAAAGCACUCUAUUUCAAUCUGUUCCUAGGACAAGCCACUUGCUCUUCACUCUAAUGGCUGCGUAAGAACGUACAAAAUUUUUUAGAGGAGUUUGCUGUGUGUUGAUUGAAUUAAAAGUUUCUCUUCCAGUUGUUCUGUACAAAAUUCUUGUAUGUGAAUGCAGUUGUUAUAUGGAUUAAAACAAAAUGAAAUAUUCCAAUUUGUUUCCAGAAAAAUCAGAUAUUUUGUCUUUUUUUGCUAGUUUUGUCACUUUAUCAGGAAGGCAACACAUUUGUGUUGGCAGGUUGGCUUUUAAGUACAAUGUAUUGUAUGCAGUUGAAGCACUUUAAGACAAAUAGGGUAUUAUAUAAACAUUUGUUUCACUUAAGAAAAAAAUCCAAAUUUGAGGCACUAUUCUUUCUUAUGAUGGGAUUUUUCAAAAACCCUUUCAAAAGCAUUGGUCAUGUUAAAGCCACUUCUAAUCAGUCCUUUCCAAAGCAAGGUCCAAGUCAUUUAAAAGCAUUCUUGGACUUCAGUUUCCCUCAAAGUGGAGGGGAAAUGAAAUAAAAGAGAGACCCAGAUUUUGAUGCCUGGGACUAACUUGGCCUAGCAUACAACCUGACCCAAGUGCUGAGAUGGAAGGUAAACUAGCCCAGGAAAAACAGCAUAACUCAACCUGUUUUUUUGUUUUUGUUUUUAAACCAAGUUAUGCAGCCAUAUCUACACUACCUCUGAUGCCUCGUUCUCCCUAGCUUCUGUGUUCCCCCUGUUGUUUCUGGUGCUGGUCAUGGGAAUCCCAGUCUCGAUCGCGAGCCCCCUGUCCUGUCCCUUGCUUCUUCCUGUGCAUUUAUAUGAGAUGGCUGCUGUUUUUGUACCUCCUAGAAAGCCAGGAGCAGACUCUGAUCCCCAGUCUGACUCACACAGCCUAGCAAAAAACCAGCACAGAGUGUGUUAGAGGUCUUAUAAGUAUGCUUUUAUUUUUAUUUAUUUUAUUUUUUUUGGAAAAUACUAUGUACAAUCUGUUUAAAGCUUGUCAGAAUGCGCAGGCUCCCAUCCAAUGGAGCUGUGCAGGAACAUAGAUUCAAAACAAUAAAAUCUUAACUGUUCAUCUUCAUAAGACACUUCCUUUUUCCCAUUACAAAAUACUUUUAAGAAUAGUAACAUUUAUAAAUGUAUCUAUAUUUGACUUCAUAUAAAAUAAACCAAGAUUCAUAGACAA